AUGCCUCGGUGUUUAGGAGUAGAUAUCAGUGACAUUUCCGUGAUUUUAACUAUUGUUGGAUUGUAUUUACAACUGUCCAAAGUUGAUGCUCUUAUGUGUGUCCAGUGUAGCACCAUGGUUCAGAAAGGGAGACAAGCCUGUCUUACCGGAAAUGUAAUUCCAACCAAUUGCACAAACGUAAACCAAACUUCCUGUAUUAAAUACGAGGGUGUUCUCAAUGGAAUGAAGUUCGUGUUCCGAGAUUGUGACCAUGGUGACUCCGCGGAUCAGUGCGACGAGCGGGAAAUAGCAGACGAGAAAGUGAGCACAUGCACGUACAGAUGUUUCCGAGACGGCUGUAAUGUCGCCACAAUUUCCAUAAACGAUCCAUUCGUCAGCGUGGUGUCCAUUACUAGCUCAUUGCUGUGGACGUUAAUGUAUCUGAACUGA